ACCGGCUCGGCCUGGCACUUUCAGCGCCAGCCGGGAGCGCGCGUCGCGCCUAGCCGGGGACAGGGUGGGCGGGCCCCGCUCUUCCCACGCCCCGCACCCGACCUCCGCAGUCAGACCCCCAGGGUGGGGAGAGCGUCGCCUCCGGGGUCUCCAUCCUGCACCUGUGGCCCCUGUGGUGCCGCCCCCUCGCGCUGCGGCAGCAGAAGCUGCGAUUGCCCCUGCGCCCCAGUGCGGGCUGCGCAGCCUCCGCUCGCUGCGGCCCUGGCGGGAGGGUGCGGGAGCCGACGUCCCUCCUCCUCCCGCUGCUCCCCCUCCGCCUCCCGCAUCCCCCGCCCCCGCCUCGCUCUGAGCCUCCUCCCCGGCUGCGGACAGACAGCUCCGCACAGCCGCAGCGCCCGGGGUCCGCACUGCCGCCGGGAGACACGCGCCCCCAGCCGCCCCGCCCGGCCUCACCCCCGCGCAGCAUGUCGGCGCUCGAGUGGUACGCCCACAAGUCCCUGGGCGAUGGCAUCUUCUGGAUCCAAGAACGCUUCUACGAGUCGGGCAACCGCGCCAACAUCUGGCUGGUGCGUGGCUCCGAGCAGGACGUGGUGAUCGACACGGGCCUGGGGCUGCGCAGCCUCCCGGAGUACCUGUACUCCUCCGGCCUCCUGCAGGACGGCGGGGCCAAAGACGACGCGGCGCGCCGGCCGCUGCUGGCCGUGGCCACCCACGUGCACUUCGACCACUCCGGCGGCCUCUACCAGUUCGACCGGGUGGCCGUGCACCACGCCGAGGCCGAGGCGCUCGCCCGUGGGGACAACUUUGAGACCGUGACCUGGCUGUCCGAUAGCGAGGUGGUGCGGGCGCCCAGCCCUGGCUGGAGGGCCAGGCAGUUCCGGGUGCAGGCGGUGCAGCCCACCCUCAUCCUGCAGGAUGGGGAUGUGAUCAACCUUGGUGACAGACAGCUCACCGUGAUGCACAUGCCAGGUCACUCCAGGGGCAGUAUUUGCUUACAUGACAAAGACCGGAAGAUUCUCUUCAGUGGAGAUGUUGUGUAUGAUGGAUCACUGAUUGACUGGCUCCCAUACAGCAGGAUAAGUGACUAUGUUGGGACCUGUGAACGUCUGAUAGAAUUAGUGGACAGAGGUCUGGUAGAGAAGGUACUUCCUGGCCACUUCAAUACCUUUGGUGCCGAAAGGCUUUUCCGAUUGGCUUCUAACUAUAUUUCAAAAGCUGGGAUAUGUCACAAAGUUUCUACUUUUGCCAUGCGAUCUCUUGCCAGUUUAGCUCUACGUGUCACAAAUUCUAGGACCUCACCCUAGGAUAGAUCCACACAGGUCAUCUGUUUUGAUUAAUUACAUAAAUUAAUAAAAUUCAUUCUGUGCUGUUUAAAUGAUUAAUAGUGAGCAUUUCAAGAAGUGCUUUUAUACCACUAUUGUAUAUUAGAGAAAAGAUUGAGAAUGAAUAAGCCAAAAAAGAAAAUUCUGAGUUUAUUUUCUUUCUUCCAAGUAGUAAAUUAUUUAAAUAAGCUUAUAAUUUGCCAAAGCUGUCAUCUUAUUUGCUGUAGAAAUGACAUAGAAGUAUAUGGGGAAGCAAGGAGGUAUUUUACAGCCAGAGAAAAAACUGGCUCUGCCUCCUGUUUGUCUUACUUUAUUUCCUAGAUGACCUAGGAAAAAGGCAUAUAGAGUUUUAUGUUUAUACUCCAAAUUUGAUAUUUUGUGUAUAUUAUUUAAAGAUAAAGGUUCUUGGGUUUAAAAUAUACUAGAACUGAAUACAAAUAUAAAAACUAACAUUUAGAAUGACAGCUAAAGCAUUCCAUCGUUAUGGUUCUGGAUUUUUUAUGCUUCUUUUUAUUUAUGUAUUCUUUAUUACUUAUGUAAUUAUAGCAUAUAUGAAAUGGUAUGUAAUUUAACUUAUGAAAAGUACAAUGAAUUUUGUUUUGUUGCAAAGCUUUAAAUAUAAAUUGCAGAGUGCUUCAGUAAAAAGCUACUAUAUAUUGUUGUUUGUUAUUAUGUAAGUAAUAUUUUCAAUCAUGAAAGUGAAAUUCAGAUUCUGUAAUCUAACUACAAAUUGUCAGAUUUCUUAAAAGGACACUGUCAGGCAAAUUUGAAAAUAUACACUUUGAGAAUAAUUUUUUAUUAUAUCCUAUUUUAAUAUUAACAGCUAUUAUAAACAGAAUUUUUCUUGUUAAAUAGCAACUUCAGUAUUGUUUUAUGUUUUACAGUAUCAAAACAACAAUGAAGAUCUACAACAUCCUGAUAUAAAUUAUUCUUUUACUUAACAUGCAUAUGUACUACAGAAAGGUUUUUAAUUAAUUACAAAAUAUGCAUUAGAUACUGACUUAGGGUGAAUUGCUCUUUUUUAUCCUGAUUCACAACACCUAUUCCUGUUCAGUAUUCUUUGUCUUCAGUAGAGAAGUAAGUCUAUGUUCGUAAAGUCAUAAGAAAGGUUUUACCACUAUGUAGUAAAAUGUUUUGGUUUGGUGCUGUUAAUUUAUUAAAAAGUCUUUUCACAAAGGUUUUUCAA